AUGGGAGCAGCCCAAUCAAAAAAAUUGAAGUUCAGGAUAUCAUAUAACAAUAAUGGUAGUAAAAGUAAUAGUACGAGCGGUGGUAGUAACAAUGUUAAUGGUAUUAGGGAUUAUCAAGCGGAUGAAGGUGAGAUUGAUCAAAUGAAUAUCCAACAUCAUUUAAUACGUGAAGUAUGGAAUGGAAAUUUUUCUUCGCCCAUUAAAGAAAAAUUGAGGAAUGAACAAUUAAAGGUUCUUCAAGUAAGAUAUACUGGUGUAGAUAAUCUUGAGUUGAUUACUGAAACUAGACCUUCAAAUGUUGAAUUUAUCAAAUGCAAUUUUCUUCAAGGGUUACCAUUCGAGGACAACACCUUUGAUUUUGUUCUUAUGAGAUUUAAGAUGCUGGAGUUCACAGAACAUCAAUGGGAAUCUUUUGUGGUCAAAGAGUUAGUAAGAGUUUUAAAGUCAAACGGGUGGCUUGAGCUAAUGGAACCUAACAUAGAAUUAUGUAACAUGGGCCCAUUAACAAAAAAAAUUAAUGAUACAAUUGUGACUAAAAUCAGAACAUUUAACAUAAAUACAAAUAUUCACCAACGAAUAGAAGAAUUUAUGAGAAAUACUAAUUUAUUGAUUAACAUUGAAAGUUUUGUUAAACGUGUACCUUGCGGAAGUUGGGCUGGAAAAGUUGGUGAAGCCGGUGCGGUUAUGUUGCGUGAUGGUUUUUUAAAACAUAUGGGACUUAUAUUGAGCCAACAAAAUUCAAGUUCAAGUUCGAUCAUCAAUGAAAUAUUAAGCUGCAAUGAUAGUAAUCCCGUAUUUAAUAAUAACCGACAACAACGCAAAGGAAGCAUCAUUGGUGGCCGUAGUGGUAGUGUUAAAAAUAAUAUUAAAUCAAAUAAUAAUGACGAUGAUGAUUCUAGAUUAAAAACAGUGUUAGAAAACUAUUUAAACGAAGCAAAUCUUUACAAAACAACUUUUGAUACUUUUCGAUUUAUCGGUCAAAAAAAAGUUACAUAA